AUGCUAGAGCCCUUCUUACAACCAGUCCCCGUCCCGGAAACACUCCCAGUGCGGGUCAAGCCUCGGGUCAAGCCUCGAGCUCGAAAGCCUCGUCAACAGGGUCCUAAAACUUUCGAGUUUGUUUCCUCAGGCCCAGUUGGCAAACCAGCACCUGAAUCUCGCAAGUUCAUCCGCAGCCAUGUAAUGCGCGGCAAGAAUACGAAAAAGUCACCUCCAAGACAUCCAAUACUGGACGUUAGAGUCGAUGCUCUCCCUAGAGCUAAUGAUGACGAUGUGGAGGAGUUAGAUCGCCCUGCACCCCUGGCGAACACUCGCUGCACAGAUGCCAUGUGGACUGUUGGCCAUACACAUGCUCGCCAAGACAGAGCUUGGGUUGAGUCGCCUUCUCUUAUGGCGCAACUAGUCAACCCCCCGCCUGAUCUGGAUCUGUUUACUUUUGCUACGCCCCUUGUUCUUACCACCAUCAAGGAGACUAUGUAUCCAGCAGAAUGGUGUUUCGACCCCGACCGUGAGAAGGCAUGCUGGUUUCGCUGGCUACUCGAAGAUCCGGCUUACCUGCACUGUAUCUGCUUCAUGGUCAGCGCCUUUCAAGACCUUAUUAACAUGCAAUCAUUGCUGGGACGUGGAAAGUAUGAGACUGGAUGGGGCGGAGAGUUCUCGGCAUCCACGCGGAACCGCCUUCGACAUACCAUCAAACUGUUACAAGAAAGGCUGAAAGACCCUGCCAAACAAGUCGAGGAUGCAACUACAGCGACCAUCAUAUCGUUGGCUAUGAUGGCUGAUGCUAUGGAGGACGCCCAGGCUUUUGAAGCUCACUCAAAUGGUCUUCGGCGGAUUGUCAAGAUGAGAGGUGGCCUGCAAGGAUAUACACAUAAUCGACAACUACAGAUUAAACUCUGUCGUGUCGACCUCGGAUGGUCCAUCAGAAACGGCUGCAAACCAGAGAUCUACGACGGCAAGCCAGCAUGGGAACCUCUCCUCGAAGCCUUCGGAACUGUAGCCUGCUCCUUCGAGAUCCAAGAACCAUCCCUAGACUUCAUGAACGUCUACUACACCUGGGACUGGAGAUUACAAAACACCUUCAAAGAUCUUCGAGACUUUUCAGCCCUGGCUAACAGAUACUCUCCAAGCGCCAAGAAGCUCAAACCCGAAGCGUUCCAGGAGAUCAUGCUGUCAAUACAGUAUCGCCUUUUACAGCUUGACUUUUCGCAAGAUCCAGCGCCGAUACAAGAAGCGCUGCGUAUUGGACUGCUUGCUUAUGAGUCAACUAUUUUCUUGCAAAUACAGGGCACGAAACUAAGGUCUGAUUCGUUUAGUCGACAGUUGCGCGAUGCCAUUCAGGCAACGCCAGUGCAAGGUGAGGCGACAGCCAAUAUCAAGCUUUGGCUUCUUGUGGUGGGGUCUAUCAUUGUCUUUGAUAGCAGUGAAGAUUGGCUCGUGCAGUCGAUAAAUAGUUUGGCUGGACGGCAGAGCUGGGAGGAGGUCCGGGAGCGUGUGAAGGAGUUUAUGUGGAUUGAUGUCAUUCACGAUGGCCCUGGUCGGAAGGCCUUUGAAGCGGCGCAAUCAUAUAUAUGA